CACAUUCACAAUAAUGUGUCAGAUGCUGAUUUACUGUGAGCAAGGAAGAGAAACUAGGCGGAGGUCCGUGAUUAGCCGUUCGGGCUCACAUCUGUUUGGCUUAAGGUUGUUUCAAAUCUGUGUUAUUUACUGCUCGCGCGCCGUCUGGCGCAAGGCCUAUUUACAGUGCUGUAUUUCACACGGGUCUGGACAUAGACUGGCCAGAUGCCCUCGCGGACAACGCUGGCCCGGGAUCGGCGCCGCGGGAGCACGAGAGCCAAAGGAAGCAAGUCCCGCUUGCAGAUAGCGCAGGCCGUGCUGGGGUGCAGGACGGACACGCCGAGCGCGGUGAGCACGACGGCCACGUUUGGGACGCCACGGCACGCCGUGUCCGACUCCCUCGAUUCCGGCUUCGCUCGCUCGGGCGGGGGCCGGGGACAGGCCUUGGGCGGCUUGAUGAGCCCGCCCUGGCGCGGCCUGGUCGUCGCGGUGUCGCGCAGCCUCGCGCAGCGCUGCUCCGAGGCCGCGCUCGACUGCGAGGGCCGCCGCUCUCGGGAGGCGGUGGAGUGGGUGCAUGCCGACUCGGCUGGGGGGGGCUCACAGAUGGAAAUCCACCUGUGCUUCAGGGGCGCGCUUGAGACGAUGGAGCUCAGUGACGCCAGUGCAGCUUCUGUCUUGGUCGGGGCGUACUACUACCUUCAGGCAGAGGACGUGGUGCUCACCACCCGAUCGUGGCGGUCGCUAGUCGUGACCUCGCUGCUCGCAGCGGCCAGCGUGCUGUGCGAGGGCGCGGAGCGCGAGCGGGCAGUCGGCAAGUUACGACGCGUUGCUGCGUGUUGGUGGUCCGAAGCCAAAGUCAAUCGGGCACUCCAGGUCUUCAGGCUGCGCGACGCGUUCGUGCAGGACCCGCUCAGCGAGCAGAAGAUAUCGGCACUGUACUCCGAGCUGCACGCCCAGCAGGCCGAUCCCCUCCAUGGCGGCAGCGGCCCGGGGUCUGCCUCGCUCGAGCUUCCUCCCCACCUAUCGGCCAAGAGGAACGUCCAUGCCAAGGCUACGAAGUCGUGGUCAAGCCGCAACGGCGAUCUUGCCGACCGCAGCGGCGACGGCUAUGCAUCUGACCAGUCUGUCAUCUCCAUCUGAGGCGUUUCGUGCCACGCAGGAGGCCUGCAACCCCCUACGCUUGAUCGGCGUGCGUGCUUGACGGCUCGCUCGUCGCGGGCAGAGUACCGCUCCUCCCACGAACAUAUGUUUCUAGGCAUCGCUCGGACGUGUGCAUGUGUCGCGGCGGGGACCAUCGAGGAGCAUAUCGGUU